AUGGAGCAGAAGAGAACGCUAGAUCCGAGGAGUAGCGACGUGGCGAGUGUGGUGAUUAGGGUCAAGGAGUGGCUGCAGGGCCAGUCGGCGGCCCAGCUGCCGCGCACACGUAAGAGGCUAGAGAACGCCCUACGGCCCAUGUGCCGCCUGUACACCAUCCCCGCGCAUCUCUCCCUCGAAUCCGUCCUACGUUGGCUCAUCCAUCGCGGAAUGCUCCAAAUCGAGGCCAAGCCCGCACGAGGCGAGCCUCAGGUGACCCUCCACCACCCCGACGAUGCAUCAUCUGCCGGCCAGGAGCUCGACGCCGAUCUGUCGCGCAGGCUCGAGCGGUGGUGGGCGUCGGCGGUGGCCACCGGCACCCGGCCGUCCCACCUGCGCGCCCUGCUGGCCGCGCUCGUCCAGCAGGUGCUCACCGUACGCAUCGACGCCCGGCCCGAGCUCGUCGUCGCGCGGCUCGUCGACGACGGCUGGCUGCAGCUCACCAACGACGACGACGGCCAGACCACCCUCGCCUACUCGCUGCCCGCCGCGGCUCACACCAGUGCCGGCGGGCCGGAGGUUGGUGGCGACGAGCACCGGCUGAGGGCGCGGUUGGAGGCGUGGCUCGCGGCGAUGCGCGACAGGGAGGCGGAGAGCAGGCCCGAGGGCGGGCCGCGUAGGGACUGGGUGCGGUUCGACCGCGCGCUCGACUCGCUCGACAACACAGGCGACCGACCACGGCUCGCCGCCUUGCUCCUCGGGGCCUGCACCGUGCGCUGGCUGACGCCGGCGGCCACCGCCGCCACCGCCACCAUCGAUGGCGGACUGUACGUGUCGCUCAUGCCGCCGCCGUCGCAGAAGGCCGACGGCGGUGUCGCGACGUGGUCGACGCACGUGUGCCCGACGUUCGACGAGAUGUGGGACGACGAGUUCGACGCGCGGGUCGGGCGCAAGGGCGGCGUCGACGUGCUGCGCGGGGUCUACGCCUACGGCUUCGAGCGCCCGUCGCUCAUCCAGCAAAAGGUCGUCGCGCCCAUCGUCAACGGGUGGGACGUCUUCUGCCAGUCCCAGCCCGGAACCGGUAAAAGCGCGGCGUUGGCGAUGGCGGUGGUGCAGCGAGUCGCGGCUCUGUGGACGAUCGAGCAGGAGAGGGAAAAGGAGAGCGAGAAGGAGAAGGAGGAGAGCGAGACCAAGGAGAGUGCCGGCGGCAGCGGCGCGUGGAAGGGCAAGCGGAACCCGAUGGCCCUGGUGAUCACGCCCACGAGAGAGCUCGCCCUGCAGAUGCACCGGGUCAUCGAGGCCAUAGGCCACCACUUUGCAACCGGACCCUUCCGCGAGGCCCACGAAGCCAAGCAGGCGGCAAGGGCAGCCGCCGCCGCAGCCGCCGCCCCGACAGCAGUCGAAGUGGACCACGCGGACGACGGGCGCGAAGCUGCGCCGUGGCGGAGAUCUGGUGGUGGGCGAGAUCGUCGCCACCGGGAUUGCUGGCGCCGAGAGCGGAGCAGGGAAGAAGGGACGAUGGAUGAUGACGACGGCAAAGGCGGCGAGGAAGUGGUGGACGACGAUGACGACGAGGCUCGGAUUGAGGAGGAAGAGGAGGAAGAGAGGUCGUACCACCACCGCCGCGGUGGUGCCCCACGUGCACAGCGAUCGCCGGUCAACAGCGAACCGCUGCUGUGUCACGCCCUGGUGGGAGCCACCAGCGUCAGAAGCGACAUGCGUGGGCUGAAGCGAGGGCCGUUGAUCGUGGUCGGCAGCAUCGGCCGCAUCACCGACAUGGCCAAUCGCAAGGCGCUCUAUCUGAAGGACCUGGAGAUGCUGGUCUUGGACGACUCCACGUUCUUCUUCGACAAGUCCACCAAAGACGCGCUGGCGCACCUGUGCGAGACCUACCUGCGCGGGCCGCGGCCGCAGCUCGUGCUCGCCACCACGUGCGAGACCGCCGGCGCCGGUCCGACGUUCGUGAAGCACCACCGGCGCCUAUGGCGGCGCACGGCCGGCGAGGGCGUGCUCAAGCCCGCCAAGCUUAAGGUGGCAGCUGACGCAUCAUCGGCCGACCGUAUGGCGUUGACGUUCUCUGCUGAUGUCAGCGCCGCCGACGCCGUCGACUUUUUUGCCGACGCGGCUGCGGAGGCGCAGCUGAGUCUGAGGCGGCCGACUUCUGGGCAGCCGGCGGCAACGACGGCGACGCGAGACGACGCGCGGCCGUACCUCGAGCUGACGAUCCCGCCCGACGAGCUGGUGCUGGAGGGCGUGCGGCACUUCUACGUCGACGUGGACUACGAGCAGUGGAAGCUGGAGACCUUCUGCGACCUCUACUCCGCGAUCUCGAUCGUCCAAUGCAUCGUGUUCGUCAACACGCGGCGCAAGAUCGAUUGGUUGACGGAGCAGCUGCUCAAGAAGGAUUACACGGUCUCGAGCCUGCAUGGCCAUAUCGAGUCAAGCGAGCGCGAGCUGCUCCUCAACGAGUUCAGGGCGGGAACAUCGCGGGUGCUCAUCACCAACGACCUGUUGGCCCUGGGCAUCGAUGUGCCGGCCGUGACGCUCGUGGUCAACUACGAUUUGCCGCGCCUGCCGGAGCCCUACCUCCACCGGUCGGGACGCUGUGGGCGAUUCGGUCGCAAGGGGGUCGUGAUCAAUCUUGUCACAACGGACGAUCUGUUGGGCAUGAACGAAAUCGCCCAGCACUUUGCGCUGAACGUCGAGGUAUUGCCCUGCGACGUGGCCGACCUGCUGCUUCAGUAG